AUGGGGUCCAAAAUCGAAUACGUUGAUUCGUCGCACCUAUACGCUACAAACUACGUUCGUAAUUCGAAAGCCAUAGGUGUGCUUUGGGCUAUUUUCACAAUUUGCUAUGCCAUUAUAAGCGUUGUGGCCUUCGUGACGCCAGAGUGGAUUGGUGAUUUGGAGACUGAAUAUCCAAGAAAGUUUGGCUUAUGGCAAAUAUGCAGAGCAGACGAAUCAGUGGAAGAUUGUAAAGGAAAACUAGAUGACUUUUUCUCAAUUAACGGCUUUGUAUUCCGGAUUGCGACAGUGUUAGUGGGUUCAGCUGUCGCUUUAGCGCUGUUUACAAUAUGCGCGAUGCUGUUGUUCUUCUUUUGCCAAUCUACAACGGUGUUUCACAUCUGUGGAUGGCUGCAGCUGUUAUCAGCUUUGUGCAUGGUGGCGGGCGCGGCGGUGUACCCCGCCGGAUGGAACGAGCUCGCGGUGCAGGAGACCUGCGGCCCCACUGCUGACCAGUACAACAUAGGGCGGUGUCACGUUCGGUGGGCAUAUCUGCUGGCGGUGAUCGGGUGCCUGGACGGCAUCGUGCUGGCCGUUCUCGCGUUCAUCCUGGCGACGCGACACGUUAAGCUGCAGCCGGAUACUGCGUACCCACCACCUUCUUUAUACAAAGGCGAGGUGAACAACGCGUACGUGACGGACGGGCAGUCGGUGGCGGGGUCGCGCAAGUCGCUGGCGCUGCAGCCCGUGCUGCUCGUGCGGCCGCCGCCCGACCUCGACGCCUACUCGCACUACUCGCACCCCUCGCACCACUCGCACCACUCCGCCAGGACCCCGCGACCCAAGCAUGGCCUCUACGCCAAUGCCAUGCACAACUAUCAUUAG